AUGCAAGACAUCACUGGAAGUCAACAACCAUACAUUGACCAAGCGCGCAACGAGAUUCAAGGCAUCAUCAAUGCUAUUGUAGACUCGAAAAAGGUUGCCCCCGGAAAACUUAGGGUGGCCGUCGUCAUCUUCCGUGACCAUAAGCCAGAGGAUACGUUCCUUACGGCUAAACUACCUUUUACGACUGAUCUUACGGCUGUGAAGAACUACUUGGCCAAUCAAUAUGCUUCUGGUGGUGGAGACCUUCCCGAAGCGCAACGUUGUGCAUUGAAUGACGCUUUGGAGCUACUUGUUCAAUCGGACGAUGAUACCACCAAAGUUGCUAUCCUGACCACUGAUGCUUCUCCACACGGCAUUGGAGAGAAUUACGACCGUAUCCCAGAUGGAUGCCUUCUCCAAAAUGACCCUUUGGAGACUGGAGAUGACAUGGCGAGGAACAAUAUCACUCUUCAUGUUGUAGCAUGCGAACCUACCUUGAGUCAGACUAAGCAUGGACUCGAUUUCUACACCGGUCUUACGGAAAAGACUGGUGGUCGAGUUCUUCCUCUUGGCAACGUCAGCGGAUUAACUGAUCUUAUCACUGGCUCUCUUACUGAGGCGGUCAGCCUCUCGAUCCAAGCCGCACUGAGCCGUUCCGCAGUGGAUUAUAAUGCCAAUGUUGGUGUAGCCGCUCAGAAGCUCCUUGAACAUCUGAGGGCGGCCAAUGUACAAAUUGAUACGUUGGUUACGGAUGACUAUUACGAGGACAUACCUCAAGCUCGCAAAAACGCUGAACUUUGGGCCAAAGGGAAGAAGGUUGCAGACGUACGAGGUCAUAUUCAAUCGGUCGAUGGUCAUCGAAUCAAGGAGAAAUACCGCUAUGGAGGUCAGCCGACAACAGUGGUGAAGAAGCAAACUAUCGACCUGAACCAGGCUGGAAGAAUUGCCAGAGCAUGCUUCGUCGCGAAUAAGACACCACUUUAA